GUCACUUGCUCCAGCAAACCCGUGUACGGCAAUCUGCCCAGCACUACACCCACUCACUGGUGGUGACAGCCAUUAUACCAAAUCACCCCCCGGCCCGCCCUGCUUCACUCCUUCCGGGGUUCUCUUAUUGUUCAGUGUUCCAUACCCACAUAAGCGUGAGGGAAAAGAAGAGGGAAGAGGUGAAAAGGGAAGAGAGAAGGAAGGAAAGAAGGAGAAAAAACGAAAAAAACGAAAAGAAAGAGGGGGAAGGGAGAGAGAGAAUAACCCUCCGGAGACCCACAAACCUCACCCUUCACAGCUCCCUCGCCAUAACUAACCUCCAAAUUGCGCUCGUUCAUCUCCAACGCUUUCGAGCACAGCAUCGAUACCACUACCUUAAUUAUUCCCUUGCAACUCCCGCUAGCUUCCUUUCCCCUUUCGGUUUUCAAGAUUGUGACCGCGUUCGCAAUCUUUGGCGUUGGCGUGUGAAACAGGAUCUUCAUCCCGUCUCUGCCCUAAUUUCUCCCUCCUUCCUUCCCUCCCCCUCCAUCACCAAAAAUGGCCAAACCGCGAAGAAACGUCAAAUUCGCCCACCGCUCGCAAUUCAGCACAUCCAACGACUCAGGCGCAAGACGAAGUAGCUUCUCAAGUGAAGACGGCCUUGCCAGUCCCUCACGAUCAGCUCUUCACGGAGAUGGAACAGAUUCAAGUCCCAAUAGGUCUCCCGUAAUACGGGUAGGUCGCACCGGGAUUGAUCGACCGAUCGCUCUUCCGCUGGAACGAGCAGUGCCGCUAACACGUGUGGAAUGAAUUCAGGAAGAGCCUCCCCCGCUUUCGGAGUAUGAGAAGAAGAAGCAAACCUUCAUAACUCGGACGAUAUGGACGCUGUUGAUGAUAGCACUCUUUUUCGCCGCAAUGGCCGCGGGUCACAUCUAUCUAGUGAUCCUGGUUACGGCUGUUCAGGUGAUAACAUUCAAGGAGGUCAUUGCUAUCGCAAAUGUGCCUUCGCGUGAAAAGAAGCUGCAAUUCACCAAGAGUUUAAACUGGUACUUCCUCGCUGCCACCAUGUACUUUUUGUACGGCGAGAGUGUAAUUUACUACUUCAAACAUAUUGUCGUGGUUGAUGCAUUUCUGUUACCCUUUGCAACCCAUCACAGAUUUAUCAGCUUUGUGCUCUACAUAAUAGGUAUUGCUUCUCUCUUCUCCUUUUCACGGAAUCGUUCUGAACAGGGACAUAGGAUUUGUCUUCUUUGUUGCCUCUCUCAAGAAGGGGCACUACAGAUUCCAGUUUACCCAAUUCGCAUGGACCCACAUGGCUCUAUAUCUGGUUGUGGUCCAAGCGCACUUUAUCAUGAACAAUAUUUUCGAGGGAAUGAUUUGGUUCUUCCUUCCAGUGUCCCUAGUAAUCACCAAUGAUAUCUUUGCCUACAUCUGCGGAAUCACUUUUGGGCGCACCCAACUCAUCAAGAUCUCCCCUAAAAAGACGGUGGAGGGCUUUGUCGGUGCCUGGGUUUGUACUGUUUUUUUCGGGUUGGUGAUGACGAACAUCCUGAUGCGAUACAAGUACUUUAUCUGUCCAGUCAAGGUGAGGAAUUCCACCAAAGCCCCUAACAUGACCCCAAAAUACAUCCCCGAGCAACCCAAUGUGCCGCCUACCGAACGCCCAUAAUGUGGAAUUGGUGAUAUGAUGAGGUGCCUUUUGUUAUAUAGAUGUUAGACUUCUGAGCGCCUCCAAGAAGCGCACUGCAGAGUCAUGGCAUGUCUGAUCCGCACUUAGCACUUCAUUGUUUCUUUUAAUCUAAUCUGUGUACCAAUCUUAGUGGCGUUACUAACGUGGGGCGGUCUCAACCAACAGGAUCUUGGGUCCAAUGCGUUCACUGGACUUGAGUGUGAUCCCAACCCGGUUUUCCUCAAACACGAGUACCAGCUUCCGUUUUUCCUGCAACCAGUCCUUGGCGCGACUGUAAAGGUUCAGCCUAUGCAAUUCCAUAUUCUUGCGAUGGCUACUUUUGCCUCAUUGAUCGCACCUUUUGGGGGAUUUUUCGCCAGUGGACUCAAGAGGACCUUUAAGAUUAAAGAUUUCGGAGACCUUGUUCCGGGUCACGGUGGCAUCACUGGUUAGUAGUCUAUAUUUCCUCAUACUACUGAGGCGUGUCUAACAACUUUCGACAGACCGAAUGGAUUGUCAGUUUAUCAUGGGCUUCUUCUCCUACAUGUACUACCAAUCCUUCAUCGCUGUGAACCAUCGCGCGAGCGUCGGUGGUAUCCUCGAGACGGCAAUCACAAGUCUCUCCCCCGAAGAACAACUGGAAGUUGUAGAACGAUUAGGGAGAUACUUGGUAGGUCAGGGAAUCGUUGGUGAUAAGGUUAAUUCCCUCUCCCUCACCCCUCUCACUCCGCAAAUAAAUCCUCAUAAACCACUUUACUAACCAACCCUAGCUACUCGAGUGUUGGAACGGUGCCGUUAACGGCCAUUAGAUUAGGGCAGGAUACGCCAACUCUUCUUCCUUCUCUUCACUUAUAAUUAAUUAUUAGACGAAACUAUAGCAUGCCGAAAUUAUUGUAUGAUGGGUUCCUUUUUUUGCUUCUCUUUUUUUCUUCCUUUUUUCUCAGUGGAAGGGAUCGCAAAACGGGAGGGAAAAGGGGAGAAACUGUCAAGGCGAGAAUUUUCGGUUGGGAAUUGAUUACGAGUAGAAAAAGGGUGGGCUAAUUAUCAUGAAUCGGUCGGUGUUCAACAUGGAUGGGUGUUGCAAGUUCGUUUUGUGCUGUGUUGUGGGGUGCGGCUUGGUAUCAAUCAAAGGAAAAUCGGAAGAAAAAAAGAAUUGGAAAAUGACUGGGUUGGGUUGGUGAAUGCUUCGCCUUGCCCUGCUUUUCUUUUGAGGGGUUCGGAGGCUGUACAUUACCCCGUGUUCUAUUUUAAGGGGGGGGGAGGGGGGGGUUUUCUUUCUUCCCCUCCCCCUCAUUCCCUCUCCUCUCUUGGUUCGGUAUCGAUUUUCAACCCUAUUUCUUACUUUUCCCAUUUACCUACUCGUACCCCUCCUCUUUUCUUUCUUUCGAUUUUUUGACACGAUUCCUUAGCGUCAACUUCUAGCAGGCGUGUUAUCACCUGUGUGUGUAUCUGGAUGCAUUCAGCUUCAUCUCUGUACUUGGCUGUCCAAUACUUACUUCGAGGGGGGAAAUGGAUUUUCACAAGUUGCUUUGUUAGUUUACAGUACUUUACUAUUCCCCCAGGGCGGCUUCAACACUGCUCUGAAUUUCUACUUUACCUCUCAAAGGCUGC